AUGUUGAUUUACGAUGUACUGCAUAAAGAAACAAUAUAUCAUUCAAUUGUUAACGAUCUUCGCAGUUAUGGGAUUAAAUAUCGUUUUAAAAAGAACAUGUUCAAAAGCGAAAGACCUGAAGGAAUUAAACAUAUUUCGAAAAAAGUUUUUAAGACUCCCUUAUUAUAUCAACCAUUGGAUGUUGUAAAUCUAUCUUCUGGUGCCAUUGUACAUGUGCCUGUUUUUGUUAGUCAAGCAUCAACAUUUUUAGAAAAGUGUAUCACUCAGGAAGGAUUAUUCAGAAAAGCAGGGUCACAACUUAGACAAAAAGAAUUAAUAGCUCGUUUAGAUAGUGGUGGUACUUUAGGAGAAAAACAUCAUGCUGUUGAUGUAGCUAAUUGUUUGAAAACUUUCUUUAGAGAUUUGCCAGAACCAUUGAUUCCAUAUAUAUAUCAUGAUUUAUUUGUGCACUGUGCUAUGCUAAAAACAUAUCGUGUACAAGCAUUGUUAUUAGCUUGUAUCCUUUUACCACCACAUCAUCUUAAUACUAUGGCAUUCUUUAUGGAAUUUUUAAAAAAAGUAUCAUUAUGUGAAAAACAAAAUAAAAUGAAUGUUGAUAAUUUAGCUAAAGUUAUUGGACCAAAUAUUAUGCCUUUGCAAGAAGCAACUAUGUCUGCUGUGCAAAUGCGUCUUGAAUUACAUUUAAUUAUUAUUAAGAUUUUAAUUGAAAAUGCAGAAAGCAUUGGUAUUUUACCAGAUCACAUAACACAAGCUAUUUCUAUGGAAACAAUUGGCAGCACAGAUAAUGAAUUAGAUAUAUCUGAUCAUUUACAUUCAAAGUUCAGAAAAAAGAAACAUCGCAGUGGAAGUCUUACACGUAAGCCACAUCUAAGUGCUUCCAACCUCAAUCUAAGAAUGUUUAAUGGCUUGAAAAAGAUUGUUGGUAAAAAUGCUGCCUCUGAAGAGGGUAAUAUUUGUGAUAAUCAGAGGAUUCAGGAAAAAGAUGCAUGUAAUGAAUUACAUGCAUCAAAUAUGAAGUCUACCAAAAAAAGAAAAGUUGAAUAUUUAGAUCCUCCAAAUACAAAGAAAAAAAAAGUUACAGACAAAACAGAUAAAUCCAAAAAACUCAGACUUAGUUUGGAUCGAUUUGUACCAAGAAAACCAAAAACAGUUGAUGAAGAUUUAGAAUCCUAUGCAAAUACUUUUAAUACACAUACAGAACAACGUUGGAGUUCUAUUUGUAAUACAUGUGAUUCACAAAGAACAUGUAGAGCGUAUAGCGAUGGGUCAUCGCAAUUAAAAUUUAAUUUAAAAGACAGUGAAGUAUCAAACGAACUUCACAAAGAGUAUAAUAACAUGUUCAUUGAUGCAGAUGUUAAUUUAUCAGAUGAUAGUGACGAGCAGGUCUUGUUAACAAAAAAAGAUGACAUUAAUAUUACUAAACGUAAUUCACAACUAAGUUUAGAAAAACAGAACAUUUUGGACAAUUUUGAUCAACGAUGUUUAUAUCCAUCAAAAAGAAAGCUAACUGUAAAUAAUUUUAAAACAUAUUCACACGUUCAAAUUACGUCAUUAGAUAAUCAGUCAGAAGAAUAUGUUACAAUACCUAAAAGUGAAUAUGAAGAAAUUAAAAGUAGAGUCUCGGCAAUCGAAUCUCGUCUUUCUCAGGAAUUUGGAUGUGUAAAUAAUGAAAAUGACGAGGAAAGUGAUGAUUUAUUACCGCAUUCUGUAAAGAAAGUACAAACUGCAUAUGAAAAAACUUUAGUAGAAGCUAGUAUUGAAAGUACAGUAACAACAGACUAUUUAGCUAAGAAACUUGGUAAAGAACUUAAGAUUAGAAGAUCAGGUGAACAUAAAAUCAUUAGAUCUCCAAGUGCUCGAAAGAUAGGAAGUUUAAGGAGGAGGUCACAAGAAAGAGUUAUGAGUAAACGUAUUAGGCGAACUGCUUCGUGGCACAUUUCACGUGGAUCAGACUUACAGUCACAUUUACAGUCGGAUCAAGAAUUAAAUAAUACUUAUUCCCAUAAUGAAAAAGCUUUUCCAGUGAAUUAUACAAAAGAUGAUGCUUACUUACGACCUGUAUCUACUUCCCUUUGGGAAGAAGAGAAAAAUAAUACAAUAUUAAAUAAUGAAUUUAAUAAUGCAAAUGUAUGCAGAACACAACUUGAUCAGAGUUCUCUGCAGCCAAUAAAAAAUCGAGCACACGCAACAGUACGUCGAGUAUCGUCUUUCCAUGGCAAUGAACUUACAAAUACGGCUAUGUGUCCUGAUGGACAAGUUGAAAAAUUGAAAAAGGCCAACAGUCAACAAAAUAUGAUAUUAAGUAAUACAUGUAAGUUAAUUCCUAAUUCUGAUUGCUGGAAGAAAUCAGCAAUGUCUUGGAGAGAUGCAGAAGGAUAUUUUAAAUCAACCAAUCAAAUGAACAGUCCAGUUACUCAAACUGGUCGUGCGUCCAUUGCAAAGUUAAGAACUCAAAACGCAGGAAUGGUACUAGCUAAAGCUAAAUUGUUUGAUGAAUGUACAGCAAAAAUGUUUACCCAAAACACUAUUUUAAAUAAGAAAAACGAUUUACUUAGUGCGAAGGAUGAUCAAUUUAUAAAUAGUGCAAAGCAAAACUGUGAAAGGACUGAAUUAUGUCGAAAAUCAAAUAAAAGUGUGAAAAAUAAAAAUCCAAAAAUGAUAUUAAAACAGUCCCCUUCUCAUAUUGCAAUGGAAACUGAAAACACGGCUGUAAAUUUAAAUCAAGAAGACACUGAAACGCAUUGUUAUAUUUCUAAUGACUCAAUGACACCUAAUGCAAUUAUUCAUCAAAAAGAAAACAUGGCUAUUAAAACUCCACCAUUGUUAAAAAAAAUACCUAUCAAUACACUAUUGCAUGAAUCAACAUUAAGUAUGUAUAAAACUGAUAAUAACGCAUUAUGCAAAACACCACACAUUAAGAAACCAUUAACUGUGAAAACACCUAAAAGUGCCAAGGCAUUAGUAAGAAAGUCUGUAAUAGAUCCGCGUAGGACACCUUUAAAAGCUGUUAGUCAAUUAGGAACUCCAAAAUAUCACAGUCCUAAAAGUAUUUUAAAAACCCCAAGAAAUAUCAGUAGACAUACGUAA